GUGAUAUUCUUUUGAAUAUUUCAAAGAAUUAUACUUGAAAAUACGGAUCAAGAAGCCGCAAAUGUUCUGCAAGUGUUCACUUUCUUUGUCCUGGUUUCGCGGACGUGUUAGAGGGCUGUUAAUCAGGAUCUUCAGACAGGUCUUUCAGGAACGGCUUUUAUUUUGAAGGCCCUUGGUGUGGUAUCCUGUGCGGCGGUGCGUGUUGACGUGCAUUGACGCAGCGGGUGGCAGCUGGUGCGUCAGGAGGAGACGGAGGAUGCCAUAACAGCAGCAUCAGCGCGGUUCUCUUCGCUCCUCUCUCCCCUGCAUGAACUGGCACCUCCCCGGGACUCCUCUCAUGAUCUGUCCGCCUCACGGUGCCACAAUCCCGGCUACAAUCCGAGGACAGGAGCGGCGGCAGCAUCUGGAGCGGAGGAUGCACUGGGGUUUCCCAGCAGGCCUGUGAAGAUGAGUGUGACCUCAUGGUUCCUGGUGAGCAGCUCGGGGACUCGGCACCGCCUCCCCAAAGAGAUGAUCUUCGUUGGCCGAGAGGACUGCGAGCUCAUGCUGCAGUCUCGCAGCGUGGACAAACAGCACGCCGUCAUCAACUACAAUCCAACGACAGACCAACAUCUGGUCAAGGACCUGGGCAGCCUCAACGGGACGUUUGUGAACGACCUGAGGAUCCCUGACCAGACCUACAUCACCCUCAAACUGUCCGACAUCAUCCGCUUUGGAUAUGAUUCUCAUGUCUACAUCCUUGAGAAAAGUCAGCACAAAGUCCCAGAGGAGGCUCUGAAGCAUGAGAAGUACAGCAGUCAGCUGCAGAUGAGCCUGAAGGCUUCGGAAGGAAGCAAGACGGAGCCCGAAGAGAAGCCGCGAGCCGAGAAAACCCUGAGCACAAAGACACAAGAGGCUCCUGUGUGUCGGCCCACUCCUCUGUAUGGUCAGCCAUCUUGGUGGGGAGAGGAGGAUUAUGGGAGUAAAGUUCAGAGCAGCGAUGAGCCUCACGCAGACGUCCAUAAAGAUUCCUCAGUGGUGGAUCCAGAUUUUUCCGACUCCCAGCAGAAAACUGUCUUCCCUUCAUAUCACCGUGAACCAAGCUACUUUGAGAUCCCCACCAAGGACUUUCAGCCUCCCAAAACCAUGGGGGCAGAGCUUCAUGAAAUCCCUACCAAGGACACAGACACGGCCCAGGCCCCACCCUCCCCUCCCACCCCGACCCCACCUGUGGUUCAGAGCCACGCCUCCUUCACCAUCGAGUUUGACGACUGCUUACCCGGGAAGAUCAAGAUCAAAGACCACGUCACCAAGUUCUCUACCCGCCAGAGGAAGCAGCAGGCCCCGCCCACCAAGACCGCCACGCCAGCUGAGGUGAUGUCAGCUGAGAGCAAGGUGGCUGAUUGGCUGGUCCACAGUGAUGUCAGCAUGAUGAAGAGACGUCCCACCUGUGAGGAUGUGUACAGCACAAAGAGUGACCUUGCCAUGAACAUCAAGACACUGAAAGGUCACCAUCAUGAAGACGGGACGCAGAGUGACUCAGAGGAUCCCGUGCUUAAAGGCAGGCGGAGUAAGUCACAGCAUUCAGAGCAGUCCGAGCAGUCGGAGACACACCCUCUUCCUCCGACACAGACACUCCAUCAGCCACUGCAGUACUCUCCACCUGGACCAGCCCCUGCCUCUCCUGUGGCCCCUGAGCGACCCCUAUCCCAGAGUCCUCCUCAGGCUCCAUCUGAGACCCAUAAGCAGGGCCCCCCAGAGCACAUGACCCAGCAGGCCUUCAUCAUCGAGUUCUUCGAUGACAACCCACGCAAAAAGCGUUCCCAGUCCUUCACACAUAAUCCCGCCCACGCUGACUCUUAUUCCGCCUUAAAGGCCAAGCUGGAGCGGAGAAAAGGUGGCGAAAGGCCAGCAUCCGUGCACGGCCACAUUCCCCCCACCCAGCAGGUGACAGUCCCUCUGAAAGGUCAGGGCCACAGCGGCCCCCAGAGGUCAAGUUCUCUGAAGAGGGAGAAGACAGAAGGGGAGGCUGCCUCCUCUGGCUCCUCCUCUCGCUCCUCUUCAGGAAUCAUCAUCAGACCCUUUGGUAGUGUUGGAAAGAAGUCCAAGCUAGCCCAGGAAUUCGCCGCCGAAUUUCUAAAGGACUCUGGUCAACAUGACUCCUCCCCAACCAGAGAUAAGAUGUCCCCGCCCCCGAUGUCCGCACCGCCAGUUAUGGUGUCACCUGCUCAUGCUAGAAUUCCUUCCCCUCAAGAACCUCCUGCAGCAUCCUCAGCAUCCUACCCAACCUCCCCCUCACAGCACAUUACAAGCUCCAAGUCCUCAGCCCCCUGCACAGCUGCUGGUCAGACCACCUCUCCAGUCCACUCAACUGGACCCCCUAUGUCUGUCAUGCCGCCCCUGGGUAUCCGUGCAGGGGAACUCAAAGGUUCCCAGAGGAUGAGAAACGAGGAGGACGAUAGCCUAAGCGAUGCCGGGACCUACACCAUCGAGACGGAGACACAGGACAAAGAGGUGGAGGAGGCUCGGAACAUGAUCGACCAGGUGUUUGGUGUCCUCGACUCUCCAGAGUACAGUGGGCAGAGCACAGGAGUGUAUAGACCAGUAAUAAAUGAUGACAAGGAUGAGCAAACUAACCUGGCUAGCGAUGGUAGCACUGUGGACCCGUUGCAUGGCUUUAACCCGGCUGCGCUCAGCGGCCCCCCGUCAGUACCCAUACAGGUUCCACCUAAUGUUGCAGGUCUGGAAGGACCUAAAUGGGUUUCCCGCUGGGCCAGUCUAGCAGACAGCUAUGCUGAACCUGGAUCCACACCACCUCAAGGGGAAAGUCUGGAAGAUUUGCGCCUGAUGAGCCGGUCUAUGGGAAGCUACAGCUACGAUAACUCUGAGUCCGAGUCCAGCCACAGCUCCAGAACCAGAAGGCUACUACCCCAGGUCCCUCCAGACAAGCUGGACAGUGUUCCUCCAAGUAUCCUGAUCCGACAUGAACCUUACCAUGGGCAGGAAACGAUGGACCGACUCUCUGGUGCUUCUCGCCACCAGGACUCCAGCCAGUGCUUGUCUGUUCAGGAUGACGUGGAUCCAGACAGUCUGAGUGAUGCCAGCCGGUCAGAUGACGGACCUGUUCUGGACAAAACAAAGAAGACUUCAGUCAGGACUGGUUCUGUUUCUCCAGGGGGCACUGUGCAUCAAAUCAGGGCUACAGAUAAAGUGUCUCCCUCCCCCAAAUCCACUUCCUUCUACAUUGGGUCUGAAGACCGUCCAAGCAAAUCUGAUCAGGCCCGGAGUCCAGGACAGUCUGAGAAAACACCCCCAGCUAAGACUCCCCCUACAACUGUCCUGAUCCGACACUUGAGUGGGCAUGAGCCAAAGAGGACAGGGGUCAAACCCAACAGCUCUGCCCCAAACCUUCAAAUACAAGACAAGGAUUGUGUUCCCACCAGAGACAGUUGUGCGGCAUCUAUGGUCCGCCAGGAGAGCUUCACCAAAGAGCAGCCCAGUGACACUGUCCAGAUGAAGAAACUUCCUCACAUUUCCAGCCAUCCAUCCAUUAGAGACAUGGAGCAGAGGAGGGACAACAUCCAAGACAGCUUCCUUCAGGAAGCAGAUGGAGCGUUGUCCUCUCUGGAUGCCAAGUUCCCUUCGUCAGGCUCAGGUCGCAGCUCAAAGAAAGGAGGCUCCUCCACCCACAUGGAUGAUUCCCUGUCUGGUGAGUCAGAUGUCGACACUGCUAGCACUGUGAGUCAGGUCAGCAGCAAAAAUGCUCCUAUUAGUUCUACUUCCAAAAAGCGUCCUGCUAUCAGCAGUCUCCAGAAGGAAAAGUCCUCUUCCAGCCCAUCCAUCCAAGAGAAGGGCCGUCAACUCACGGCCCGUGAACGGCUCUCUGAGAAACAACGACACCAGGGGCCAUCAGAUACAUCAAACAAGGCAGAGGCAGCAAAACGCUUUCAAAUGCGUCGCAGUGCCGGCAACCGUGGAUCUCUGGAUCUGUCAGAGGGCCAGCAGGGUUCUGGUCAACAGUGGGCAGAAACAACAUCCUCCGAUCAUGAAGUCUCUCGCCCAUCCAGCCGUAGCAAGAAAGUCAUCGCCCCUCUUCAGAAAGAGGACAAUGGAAAGACACCAAAGACGGCGGCUCAGCAGGUUCUGACACGGUCGAACAGCCUGUCAGCACCACGGCCCACCCGGGCAUCCAUGCUCCGCCGAGCACGCCUGGGUGAGGCCUCAGAUAAUGAAGGAACAGAGACGGAUCGGGCCUCACAGAAUUCUGAUCAUAUCGCUGCUCCCGCCAAAGUAUCUGCUGAGGGGAAGAAGCUGUCCAGGCUGGACAUCCUGGCAAUGCCCAGGAAGAGAGCAGGCUCCUUCACCACUCCCAGUGACAACGAGACCUCCUCAACGGGCCGCUCGGGUAUCUCCAAUCGGAAUGAGUCUGCUGUCACCACCAGGAAGACCUCUGUAGGUGACACCCGCCAGGCAGCUGGAAAAGGAGGUGGCGUCCCAGGGAAGCAACCGUUAACCCGUACCCGAUCCAGUGGAGCCAAGUACCCAAGCACAAGUUCCCGCCGCAGACAGAAGGGUUCAGACUUCUCCUCGUCCUCUGAAGAAGAAUACCCGAUGGCUGCCGGAACGCCCAAAGCCAAACGCUCCUCCCAUUCCUCCUCCACCCAGAUGCCACGUGGCCACCGCUCAGCUGCCACCCGAUCCAAGUCAGUCUCUCUGGAAACAGAGGAGGAAGACGACCAGAAUGAUGGGGACCCUUACCAGAACUGGUCCACCCACAGCGCCGAGAUCGCCAAGCUCAGUCAGGACCUGGCCAAAGACCUGGCCAUCCUGGCAAAGGAAAUCCACGAUGUUGCAGGGGACGGAGACUCGCCGAGCUCUGGCAUGGGCACCACCACCUCACCGAGCUCGCUGCCCAACACGCCAGCUUCCACUAUCUCAGCCAGGGAGGAGCUGGUCCAUCAUAUCCCUGAGGCCAGUUUAAACUACCAGAAGGUUCCUCCAGGUUCUGCUGUCGUCUCGGGCCUGGACGCAAACAUGAAUGAGCCGGAGCCCGGUUCUAAGCAACGCCGUCCGUGGAACCGCGAAGAGGUGAUCCUGGACAACUUAAUGCUGAACCCGGUGUCUCAGCUGUCCCAGGCCAUCCGUGAGAACACGGAGCAGCUGGCUGAGAAAAUGAAGGUUCUGUUCCAGAACAAAGCCGAGGUCUGGGAGGAGAUUGAGGCCAAAAUCAACGCUGAGAACGAAGUCCCCAUUCUGAAAACCUCCAACAAGGAAAUCACGUCUAUUUUGAAGGAACUGAGACGAGUACAGAGACAGCUGGAAGUCAUAAACACAAUAGUGGAGCCUGGUGGGAGCCUCCAGACAGCCGCUCUGGGGACAUCAUCCAGCAGUCAGACUCGACCCUCCACCAGAGAGAAGAAACCCCCCGCCAAAACCCGUGGAGCCCCCCCAACGUCCAACGCCAACGAAAGCACCAAAAGACCGCCUCGUGGACCCGACGGGGCCCACCACAUGGCCUAAACAGGCCACUGUAGCACCUCUGGGUAGUCUGUGUCCACGCCACCUGCAGCGAUAAACUACUACCACCGCUACUACAGUCUGUAGCGACAGUUUGUCUGCGCACGGCGUUCAGCUCCUAUACACAUCAGAGAGUUGUGUUUUUGUAGAUCUAAAGUUAAAGUUUCUCCUAAAGGUUCAGUCUGUUGUCAUGACGUUGUGUACAGGAAAGGGUUGGCGUUCAAGUGGUUACUACAGUAACUUGUUCUCCUGGCCAUAUGGAAAUGCUAACAGUACAUUAGCCCUUUGUGUUUAAAAACUAUGCCUUGAUAUAAGACAAAACGAAAAAGGUGGCAAUCUAGAUAAACAUGGCUCUUUUAGUUCCAAACGUGGCUAAAAACUGAAGGCCAUGGGCUCCACCAUUUCUGAAAACGUAUUCAAGCACAUCACAACUCAUGAACUGAGCUUUCAGAAGAUUGUGACAAAGAAUACUGUGAGUACCUUAUAAGAGGGGCAUUCGUAUGUUCUUUUCUCAUGAACAUGAUAAACAUCACACCAUUUAAUGGCAAUAAGUGACAAAUAUUCAGAUGCCUGUGAAGUUGUGGUGUUGUGUGCAGUUUUUAGCAAUUAUAAAUACAGGUUUAUCUUUAAUACAUAUAUGUAGUAAUUGGAAUGUUACUUGGCAUUUAAACUUGUUACUUUUGUUUUUAUGCUGCUUGUUGACCAGCAAGUUCUUCUAUUGGAUAGUCUGAGAGCCCCAGGACAUUGUGGGCUGAUUAAGUACAGCCAAUGAGUCUCUGUUUCAAAUUCUGACCAAUCUAGUAAACAUCCAGGGAUUUCUCCCAUACACAAAAUGACAUAUUCAGAAUUUAGAAUGGACUACCAACUUAACACAACGCCAUGUUUAGAAUGGAUAGUGGGAUGUGGUUUAGGACACGGCUACUUUCUAGCCCCAUACCACUGUGUUCCAUCAAGUAGUCCAAAGUCUGGUUCAUUUGAUUAUUACGAAUACGAGCAUUCCCUUUAAGCAGGCACUUCAACAGGUGGUCUUGGGCUUGAUUCAUGAUUGUUGAGCAGGAUAUGUGUGAGAUUUGAAUGCAACCCUGCUAGACUACAAGGGGUUCUCAUCAGCAAGUAGAGAUCUAAAGCUGAUUCUUAACAUCUCCUGCCUCUUCAAAACAGCUUUGUAUCCAUGUAGCAAUGGGCCCAUUUCAUCCUCUGGGCAGCACAGUAGAAGAGGGUUGUCGUUGGGAUAUAAAAAAUAAUAUGAAAUAUCCAUGAUAGCAGGAUGGAGUCCAUUGUCCACACUGAACAUUAACAAAUGUCAGCCUGAGUGGUUGCGACGGUUGUCUCUUCUUCUUGGGGGAUUUUCAAACCAACUGCAAUACUUCAACUUUUCAUCAUUAAUAGAACAUAUUAAACAACAGGAUUUCCCUUAUUUUAACUGUCCUUAAGUUAAGUUGCCAGUUAUAGUCUACUAUGGAGGAAAAAAACUAGGAAACAGCCACCAACAUCCCCAGCUUCAGCAACAUUAUGUCCUCUGCAUUUGAAGAUGACAUUAUCCUUUAAAGCCUUUAGUAAGCUUUAGGCUGCGUCCACACGGAAUCGAAUUCAGGUGUAUGCGCAAAAGUUUUUUGUCAGAUCGGCGUUUAAUCCACAUGGAAACGGCGUUUUGGGUGACUGUAAACGAUACUUUUUGAAGCCGGGUCCCAGAGUGCAUAAAUCCAUACACGACUACCGUUUCGUCCCGUAUGGACAGCUAUCCGCAUCUUUCUUGAAACGAUUACGUCACACAUAGCAUAUCUAUCUUAAGGCGCCUGCGCGGUCCGACCAAAACAUUAAUGCGGACUGCGGAGUUGUGUUCGUGCUGCAGAAGCUACUGAGCUUAUUAUGGCUUUUACAGCAAAAUCUGAUGCUCCUUUACCACCACCGCGAAACGCAUAAACCAUAUAUUCCAAAAUCCAACGCGGAAAACAACCAGAAGGGCAACUAGAAGAAAGUUUGUGUCAGUUUUCUGUGAUAUUCUUCUUCUACUUUGGUGCAUUUCCGUGGCAGCGUUACAGCGCCACUUACAGGUGUGGCGUAUGUACUACAGCAUAUUCAGUAGUUUCAGUGGUUUCUGAAACGACUCUGUCUUUACAGAAAACUUUUCCAAAAUGAAACGGCAAUAUAUCAUUUUCGUCUCCGUGUGGACAAGGCCUUAUAAAGAUGACAUCAUCCCAAGAUUUAGAAUGAUGAUGUCAUCUUCAUAAGCCUUUGAUAAGCUUGAGAAAGAUGACCUCAUCCUUUAGAGCCUCUGUCGAGCUUUAGAAAGAUGAUGUCAUACCAAGAAUUAGAAAGAUGAUGUCAUUCUUUCAAGCCUUUAAAACAUCCAAUCCUCUAAGCCACCUACAUGCUACCAACUUCUGUAUCAGACUGAGUACAAAAACAACUUUGCUUGGACACAGAACGAUGUUUCUAAUGGGAAAGCAGACCAGCAGAGAGGAUAGGGGAGCAAUCACGCCUGGCAUGAUCAGACCAUUGGUGCCUAAUGUGAAACAUUCUUUAAUAUUAAAGUUCUCAUAAGUUAUAAGAAAAGAAAAAAUGUGCUUCGGUGUUUCCGUAACCAUGAGUCUCGUGUUUAUAUCAGUUUAAUCUGAUGUGUCAGAGCUGCUCGCCGUCGCACAAACUCACUAUAUCUGUUUUGAUGCUGUGUGAGUUGCUGCAGGAGGUCUGGACCAUCUGAAAUGUCUUUAUUUAAACUGUAGAUCUGCUUCUACGCUGACCUAAGCUCGCUCUGACGUGUUGCUCUGCAGUCGUCCGUGUAUAAACGCCGUGCUCUGAUAAUCUGUUGUGCGUCUGAUCUGAUGAUAGAUUGUGUUUUUGUUUGUGUUGUGUUGAUGAGGACGAACGUCUCGCUGUGGUCGUCCACUCCGUGCAGCUGAAUGUGUGCGACACGAAUGUCCAAGUGUGUGUCUUAAUGUAGAAAAAAGUGGAAUUAAUGAGACAUCCUGCUGCUCUGAAAACACACGCUGGUUCAUCAUAAGUCCAACCGACCAAUCUGAUCUCGUUCUCUCUUAACAGCUCCAUCCCAAACGUUUAACUUUGAUUUCAUUAUAGGGAAAAUAAAAAAUGUCUAUACCUGUUUGAUACUACAGCAACCAAAAUACAAGUGGUCCACCCAAUUUUGGUUCUAAUUAGAAAAAAUUGCACGCGGUCUAAAUUGCUCAAGUAGGUUGGAAACAUUUUGCAGCAAAAGGUGGAGCUGACAUAAGCGAGACAGUGCUCUCUCUUUUUUGGUUAAAAGUAUUGCUGAGUGCGUUUACAUGGAUUAGUACAGAAAAGGAUUGGAGCAAGGGGAAAAGAACAAAAUAAUGCUGUCACUUUGAAAUUAAAGUUAAAAUGACGAGAAAAUUUUGAAAAUGCAGAUAAAGCCGGAAUGAUGAGAUAUAGGACAAAAUACAGUUUCAAGUUUAAAUUGAAAUGUCAAGAACAAAAUCAAAAUGUUGAGAAUUGAAUUGAAGUUCUUAGAGUAAAGUUCAAAUACAGUUUCAAAAUUAAAGUUGCAAUUUUGUAACGACUAAAUGUCAAGAUUAGUGUCCAAAAUUUGGAGAACGAAAUCGAAUUACAGUUUUAAGAUUAAAGUUGAAAUGUUGAGAAAUCAGUCUGAGCUUUUUACUAAAACAAACAGCUGAUCUCAGACACUCUGUUUAUGAGCUAGAAGAGAAUCUAAUUGUUGAAUCCAAAGUACAGUUUCACAUCUUUACCCAGACAAGGCAUCAGUAUUCACUGUUUCCUAUAGUCUUCAUUUCUAUUCGCACAGGAUUAGUUUUACCUGUGGGCUUCUGAUAAUUCAUUUACCCAUCAGUGUUUGUUGUGGGGUUCAUUUGCACAGGAUUAACAACAUUUCUAAUAAAUGUUGAAAAUGGAUUUAAACCCUAUUAUCAAAAUUUUGAAAUUUAUCUCAACAUUUCCAUUUUUUUCCUGGCAUGUUGAACUUUUCUUGAUAUUCUUUUUUUCUUGAAACUUUAUUUCAAAAUUUUUCCCAAAACUUUUUUCCAUUAUUUUAGUUUAAUCUGGAAGUGCACAGCCUUAUUUUUCCCUUCACUUCUGUUCUUAUCCUCUUCAGUAGACUUAAGUACCCUGCUUGAUUCUGUUUUUUUAACUGUCCUGUUUCGUCUUUAGGCUUGGAAACAUCAGACUCUGUUGGACCCCAGGAAGACUAGCUUUUGUCUUGACAAAAGCUAAUGGGGAUCCUAAUAAACAAACAAACAAACUCUGAUUACACGGGCCGAGAUAGGUCCAUGUUGCUACCUGGAGAACAAACAUGGCGACAGCAACCAUAGGGUCUUACCUCUGGGGUGAUGAAGGAACAGUUUGGCCUCUUAGUCAUGGAAGAAUGAAGUAUAAAUGUGAAGUCUAGAUUGAGAUGCUGUCCUGUUCAAGUCUGAAAAGGCUACAGGUCACCGGUUUACCAACAUGGAUGGUGGAGCUGGUCAGCUCCAUAUGAACAUCUCAGAUAGCUACAUGCAAAGCCUUAUGGGAGAAUUUUCAGCACAAAAUUGACAACAUGAAACUGAUAUUCAUGAUAUUAAUCACUUAUACAGGGAUAUGAAAGAGCAGGUUCAUCUGUGUCAAUGUGACUUCAUGAGUCCAUUUAAUAAAGCAGGUUCAGUGAAGAUCUUGGGUCUGUUCAGCCUGAAAGGAGGGAAACUUGGAUUUUUAAGGAAGGAGGAAACUCAAACCCAGGAAUUAGGGCUAAGUCAGUCUGUCUCACUAGGAGAGGGAAUUUAAAAUCUGAAUCAGUCAUGCCAGUUUGAAGAAAAUCUCAUCAGCUAAAGCUUCAAGAGAGGAUUAUGACUUAAUGAGAUAAAAGAUGUCAAUUUACAAUAUAUAGAAGUGAAAAGAAUUACUGUAUUAAAGUUGUAAUUCCUGAGAUUGAAAAUAGAGCAGGCAAUAAUUUUCAUGGGCAAUAUACAGAUGUCUUUCAUUAAAGUGAUUUAAUCUGAAUAUUUUUAUACUUUAGAAGUUAGCAUCUCAUUUCAGGAUUUCACAUCUAACCAGUGAGUAAAAAUAUAACUUCAUUAGUUCAUCCUUUGAAUCUUGUAAAGUUACUUAAAUCUCAGAUUAUCUCAGACUUUAUUCUGAUAAAUGUAUGGCAGAAAUCUUUUAAUAUUAAGAGGAGAAUUUCUCAUCUGAGAGGGUGAAGCAGGGGGGCCUUUCAUUACCUGUCUCCAUGUUGAAUCAUUGUAUCGGGGCUCCAUUGAUGAUGGCUUUUUAUGGUCGUGUUACCCAUUCUAAACCCAGAGUGAACUUACUCAGAGCCGAUUUACCGAACACAAAUGAGCUGUUUCAAUCAACUCAGAGUUAGUUCCUGAGUUUGUUGAACCUCCUUUGUGAAAUGGGCCCAAUGUCUCCAAUAUGAUAAAAAGAACUAGCGAACAUUAUAUACUGAUAUGAGAAUUGUGCAGGCAGGCCUAAAAUACAGAAUAUUUUUUGUAGUAAAUAUUAUCAAACAGAAUAUUUAUUAUAAUAAUAUUUGAUUCAAAUAUCUAAAAGCAGAUUAGCUACUAACUUUUAACAAUAGUAUGUAAUUAGUUAUUAACGAUAACUUUUAAAAUCAACUUUGUAAACUCAGUGAGUCUCCUAGUUUUGCAUUUUCACACUGUAAAUUAUAAAUAAACAGAAUACCAAAUAAAGUAUAGAUAAAGAAGAAGUUAUAAAUAUAAUUAAAUAACCAAACUUUAUUAAAAUGUAUUUUUUACACUUGUAGGUUGUUAAUAAAGUGUAAUUUCCAAACAUGACCGUCGUUUAAAUAUCUUGCAUUGAUCCAUCAGGUAUCGAGUAUUGAAGUAGUUUUGUUUCAAGUAUUAGUAUAGUUUUGAGUGUUGUGAUACUAAACUUGUUAUUGGAGUUAAUUUUGUUACCGUGACAACACUACUCCAGCCUUGACUAGACCUGGUGAGAACUCAUAAAAAUACAUGUAUGGGGAGAAACUGCAUAAAGGAAAAUAUUCCCUUUAGACUGCCUGGCUAUGAAGCUGAUAUCAGUUCGAUUCAAUUGUGUCCUAUUGGUUCUUUGCAGAUGAUGCCACACAGAACUUUCCUUGGGGGGCAAGAACUGUCUUCUACAUAGAGAAACUCUACCAAAAAGGCCAAAAGUGAGAAAUUAUAAACAUUUUGUGUCCAGAAAGUAGUGAAACAUUCAGGCAAAAAAGUUUUAAACAGCAGCAGGCAGGGAUUUAUAAAGCUCAUUGAACUCUGAUCUUACCCAUGUUUCCUCAGCCGACCCUAGACCUAACCCUAGACCUGGUUGUUUGACUCCCAAGCUCCUCAUGUGAAACCAGUUUGGCUUUAAAUGUGGAAUAAAUAUGACAAAGGAUGGAGGAAAGGAAACUGGCACUCAAGCAGGAGCUAGCUGCCAAAGCUAACAUUAGCAUUAGGUAGCACAGGCUUCUUCAUGAACAGCAUCUCAGCACCGGGUUGCUCACCCCGUAAGGUUUAUUCGGUUGUUCAUACAUCCCUGCUUUAAUUUAAAGCAUGUUUAUGACAGAAUUGGGGUUCUUUUCAAGUAUUUUAGAGGCUAGGCUAGCCUCUUAGCUCAGUACAAUAGUCUACAAGAGUCUUUCUGAGUAUUUAUAUAUUGACCACCUCUCUCUUUGUAAAGAGAAGGAAUCAUAGUCAAUGUAUGUGGGGGUUUAUGAUGAUAAUUGUGGUGUAGAGGUCAAUUUAGAGCUGUUAAGUACUAACUUUCCCCCGUUCCCAUUCAUUCCUUAUGGCUGUCCCCCCGCUUCCUGACCCCCAACAGACUUUCUGGACCUCGUGAUUGCAAACAGCCUAUUGGUUGAGAAUUUAAGCGAUGCACUGCAAAGCAGAAUGUUGUGGUACUUACUUAAAUGUCUGUUUUUCUCUGUAGCUCAUGUAGACGUGGACAUGGUGAGAGUGUCCUACAGGAAGAUCUUGAUUUUCUUUCCUUUUCUCACUCAUGGAGCUUGUUAGUUGCUGAGGCGGUGGUGCGUUAAUGAUAUCUGUGGUUUAAAUGUUGACAUGAGGCAAGACUAUUCAGUCAAAGACUUGUCAAUGCAAGGCACUUCGCUUGUGUUCCUCCACCUUCAAAAUAAUAGCAUUAAAUAUCAAACAGAUGUCAUCUUCUGUUAGGCUCAUAGCAGGAUACUGAAGUCAUGAUAAACACACUCAGUGAAGAUCUGAGGUUUUUACAAGCGUUGGUACGAUUCGACAUCAUCGAUCAUUAAAAUAAAACACGCUGUAUUAAAACAUAUCAGACGUAAACGUCAUUUCUGACUUCACUCUGACGUGUGUGGGUCAAAUUCGCCAUCAACGCUCUGCACGCUCAGCUGAUCCGUUACCGUAGCAACAGGAUGUCUCAGACUUUUAUUUUGAAAGGUGCAUGUUACCUGUGGACAGGUGAGUGUGAGGCUCGUUCACCAAAUGUGCACUUUUCCUUGUACAAACAGCAGGUGUAGGUGGGCGGGGCUUCACCUGCUCUGCAGCCAAUGAGAAUGUAUGGCUCACUCUCAAACCUGAUUGGCUGUUGCUGUGAUGAUGUAACUGCUGCUGCUACAGGUGAUUGGUCCUUUGGGCUCUUUGCAUUCAGUGUUUGUUUCUUUUUUUUACAGUGCAUGUGACUGAAGAGCUGUAGGAACAUUUUUUAUGAUCGAUAUAUUGAUUAUUUAUUGAUCCAUGAUAUCAUCUUCAUCAGGUUUGUUUUCUAUCACUGUCAUUUGGA